CAGAGAGAUAUAGUCCAAGUGUUCGUAGAUGGAAAUCGUCGUGAAAUAUCUGGAGUCGUUUACCUGCCAUGUUGCACAACCCAACACGUCGUACAGUUUAUAAUAUUUCUAUUUAUGGAGGAGAAGCUGCGAUACUUGACAAAUCCGAAGAAAAGAGAGACAAACCUCAGAAUGUCAAUAAAACUAAAAAAGAAGAAAGUUCAGCCAAACUGA